AUGCCUCCGGCGCCGGCGCCGGUACUUUCAGCCGAUGCGCAAAUUGAGAAUCGGAAUUCGGUCAUGUCGAGGGCGUCGUCCACGCGUGAGGAUUAUCAAAUUAUAAGUGUUUUGAAUACUAAUUGUAGUAAUAAUCAUGGUCAAAAUCACCAUAGCCGGGAGCAGCAGCAAGUGAAGAUCAAUGAAAUAGUGGGCGAUGGAAUUUCGGGAAUUUUAAGCAAAUGGGUCAAUUAUGGUAAAGGGUGGAGAUCUAGAUGGUUCGUGCUGCAGGAUGGGGUGUUGAGUUACUACAAGAUCCAUGGGCCUGAUAAGAUUUUGCCGGAGCCCGUUAGUGAAGUUCACUUGAAGGUCUCUUCUAUCCGAGAGAGCCGUUCAGAUGAUAAGAGAUUUUCCAUUUUCACGGGAACAAAGAGGCUUCAUCUGAGGGCACAGAGCAGAGAAGAUCGAAUAGCAUGGAUGGAAGCAAUACAGGCUGUGAAGGAGAUGUUUCCAAGAAUUUCCAAUAGUGAGUUAAUGGCUCCUCUGGAAAAUGUUGCUGUCUCAACUGAAAAGCUGAGACAGCAAUUGUUGGAAGAAGGUGUAAGUGAAUCUGCCAUUCAAGACAGUGAGCAGAAUAUGAGAAAUGAGUUUGGAUCUGUGCAGAACCAAUUGAUGCUGUUGAAGCAGAAGCAUUGGAUGCUUACGGACACGUUGCAACAGUUAGAGACAGAAAAGGUGGAUUUGGAGAACACUGUUGUUGAUGAGAGCCAGAGACAGUUAAAUGAAAUUGGAGCAUCUAGUAGAUCAAGGCAAGACAAAUAUAGCGAAAGCGCGAGUGAAUCUGAAGAUGAAAAUGAAAGAGUUGAUGCAGCAGAGGAUGGUACUGAUGAAGAAGACAAUACAUUCUUUGACACCAAGGAUUUCCUUUCGUCGAGCUCUUUCAAAAGCAAUGGGUCUGGCUUUAGGACAUCAUCAUUUUCAUCCGAUGACAACAAACUAUAUGCUUUUGAAGCUGAUGAUUCUGUUGAUCCUGCCAUUAGAGCUGCUGGAACUAACUUUCCUUAUGUUAAGCAUCGGAAGAAACUCCCAGACCCCGUUGAGAAAGAGAAAGGUGUGAGUUUAUGGUCGAUGAUUAAAGAUAAUAUCGGGAAGGACCUGACAAAAGUUUGUCUUCCUGUAUACUUCAAUGAACCUCUCUCUUCCCUGCAAAAGUGUGUUGAAGAUUUGGAAUAUUCAUAUCUUCUCGAUCGGGCGCAUGAAUGGGGAAAGAGGGGUAACAGCCUUAUGAGGAUUCUAAAUGUAGCUGCAUUUGCAGUAUCUGGAUAUGCUUCUACUGACGGAAGGAAUUGCAAACCAUUUAAUCCACUGUUAGGGGAGACUUAUGAGGCUGAUUAUCCAGAUAAAGGCUUCCGAUUCUUCUCGGAGAAGGUGUCUCAUCACCCAAUGGUAGUAGCAUGUCAUUGCGAGGGUACUGGCUGGAAGUUUUAUGGUGAUAGCAAUCUGAAAAGCAAAUUUUGGGGUCGCUCUAUCCAGCUCGAUCCAGUUGGUGUUUUAACGCUAGAGUUUGAGGAUGGAGAAGUUUUCCAAUGGAGCAAGGUAACAACAUCGAUUUACAAUCUUAUUCUGGGGAAACUAUAUUGCGAUCACUAUGGUACAAUGCGGAUAGAAGGAAACCGCAAUUACUCGUGUAAACUGAAAUUCAAGGAGCAGUCUAUCAUAGACAGAAAUCCUCAUCAGGUGCAAGGAAUAGUCCAAGAUAGGAGCGGAAAGACGGUAGCAACUCUAUUUGGAAAGUGGGAUGAGAGCAUGCAUUAUGUCAAAGGAGACUGCUCGUCUAAAGGAAAAGGUCACGAAUCUCUGUCAGAAGCUCGUUUGCUCUGGAAACGUAGCAAGCCUCCUAAGUUCCCUACGCGUUGUAAUUUGACACGCUUUGCCAUCGGACUGAACGAGCUUAUUCCCGAACUGAAGGAAAAGCUGCCCCCAACAGAUUCAAGGCUGAGACCUGAUCAAAGGUGCUUGGAAAAUGGGGAGUAUGAAAUGGCUAAUUCAGAAAAAUUGCGGCUGGAGCAGCAGCAGCGGCAGGCUAGGAAGAUGCAAGAGAGGGGUUGGAAGCCUCAGUGGUUUGCAAAGGACAAAGGUUCGGAUACCUACCGCUAUAUUGGAGGAGUGAGCUACCAGGAGUCGGGUCUUGGUUGGUUGCCAGUGUUCAAUAUUAUUGCUGGAAAUCUUGGAAAACAGUCGAUGAUGAUCAUUGGCACGAGCAGCAAAUAUAUCCGUAGCCUGCCUGUAUAUUACUUCGAUGAAGCAACUAAGUUGCCAUUGAUAUUCAUUCAGUUUCUUGUUUCUGAUAAUUCUUCGAUUUUCUUCUCCAUUGCUCCUUGGUUUUGCUGUGAACACUAG